AUGGCACCAUUUGUACCCUAUCACUCUUCGGCUGGCCAAUCAACCACUGUCAAAUUUGGUGGCCUUCUUACCACCGAAUUCCUUGAGCCCCCACCAGGUCGUUGUUUUCUCUUCCGUCAAACAUACCGCCACACCAUUGAAGGCCCGAUUCCAGAUAAUCUGCGCAAGCUCAUUAACAGUCCGGAUCGACCAAAGGGACCGCCCCCUCAUUUCCACCAGUUCCAAACUGAGUACUUCCGCGUCGAGCAUGGAGUACUCGGGAUUAACGUAGACGGCGUCACACGCCGCAUCACCAAAGCAGAUGGGGAGAUCUCAGUCAAGGCGGGUAGUGUGCAUAAUUUCUUCAUUCAUUCCGAUUCUCCCGAGAGCAUGACUGUCUACCUGAGUGCCUCGGACUCGGGGAACGACUAUCAGCUCGACCGGGUCUUCUUCGAAAACUGGUAUGGCUAUUGGCACGAUGCGCUUUUGCACGAUGGAGGACUCGAUUGGAUUCAGUUCCUCGCGAUCCAGGAUGGCGGGGAUGCCUAUACACCUGCCCCCGCAUGGGUGCCUUUUCGCCGACAGGUUGGAUAUUGGACCUGCGUAAUUGUUGGUCGGUGGAUUGGAGGUCUUCUGGGAUAUAAGCCCUUUUUCCGGGAAUAUACCACUGAUUGGGACUUUGCCGUGGCAAAGAUGAAGGGUUCUUUCUUCCAGCGCCAUUUGGUACACUCUGCCUGGGAAGAAGAGAAAUCAUGGGCCAAACAGGCUGAUCUUCAGCCUAAGGCUAAGCCUGAAAAUGCUGAGUUUGAGCAGUGGACGGAGGAUAUGUCCCUCACUCAGUUAAACCUGGGCCCUGUGGCAUAUGAGCAGGGCCAGUUCAAUGGCGCGAACCCCGGCCUGACGAACGGGUCAAACGGCCACUCCACAAGCAGACAAGAGAAGUUGGAGCAGGUAGCUCCUUGGGCCCAGCGACGAAUAGUAGUCGAAGAUGCGGCCAAGUAG